UCAGUCCAGUUGUCAUGCAGAUGUCGUGCGAUGUGUUCGUUUCAGGCACCACGAAACGCUCGGUCGCGAAGAAGACGUUACUGUAGACCGGCCGCUCAGUGAAAUUCGGCCGGUUAUCAGCUGACGACGCUUUAGUCGCGACGCAAUUGCGGCGUGUUCUCGCUCGAAUAUUCUCUCUCUCUCUUUUUUCCCGCCUGUCGUGUGUGUGCGCGCGAUCAGGACAUUUUUUCUGCGUAUCUCUGAUAAGGAGUGCGUGCGUGCGACGUCGUCCCGUCAAUGCCAUAUGUGCUUCGCCGACGACACUGGUCGAUAUGUGGGUGAAGCCACAAGAAGUGCUGCUCGCCAACGCUUUUUGGCUUACUGAACAGGCGACUGUAUAUUUCGUUUUGCAACGUCGCAAGGGACAUGGGAAGACAAAGGGUCUUACUUCCAUAUUGGUGGGCACCCUGGACAGUGUCUUUGACACUAAACCACCACCAUUCAGGAUCCUUCAUCAAACACCAUCAUCGGAAGUUUAUUGGGAAGUGGCAUGUUCCUUGACUCACGAGGAGAUUCUGCUGGAUUGGGAAUGGCUUCACUCGAAUUUAAUGACAACCCUCACGUCGUUCGAUACCGAGGAGGAGAUAACAGAGUUCGUCUGCUGCAAAAUCCAAUCCAUAAUAGCGAAUAGCAUACCGGACUCUCAGUUCGCAGAUGAAGAAGACCCAGAGUCUUUUAAAACUGUGUCUUUUAAAUUCCACCAGUUGUUCAAUGUACCGAAAGAGGACAAGUUGGUCAAUUAUUACUCGUGCAGUUACUGGAAGUCUCGAUUACCUAGACAAGGAUGGCUCUAUUUGUCUGUAAAUCACAUGUGCUUUUAUGCUUAUAUACUGGCGAGAGAGACGAAGUUGACCGUGAGGUGGACCGACAUCACUGAAUUGAGCAAAACCAGUUCUCUCAUAGUCCCGGACAGUAUACGUGUUGUAACACGUGACAAUAAAGAGCAUUAUUUUUCUAUGUUUUUACAUAAAUCGGAAACGUAUUCGUUGAUGGAGCAACUGACCAAUAUCGCUAUGAAGAGGCUUAUCGAUGAGAAAAGUGGAUUUAAUGAGGAUAGGGACUUACUGAAUAAAUUAAGCAAAAAUGUGCCUAAGAAGCCAUCUUUCUUGAAGAGAGAUCUCGAUGCGAGGGCGCACUCGGAAGCGUACAGGCUCCAAUUCAGGUUGCCGGGGACUGAAAAGUUAGACGGCAGUGUCGAUGCAACCCUGUGGACCCCGUACAACAAAAGAUACGUCUGGGGAAAGAUAUACUUGUCUCAGAACUAUCUCUGUUUCGAAAGUAGGGUGAGAAGAGUAGUCAGUCUAGUUAUACCCCUGAGGGAAGUGACGUUGGUCGAACCAGCGGAGAAUCAAUCCAGCACAGGAGCGGAUAAGUCGAUACUGGUCACAACGGCGCGCUCGUCGUUCCUGUUCGCUCAGAUACACGACCGGGACUUCGUGGUGCAAAAAAUCUCUGAGCUCCUGGCGAAGUCUAAACUCAAUUAUAUAGUUAGAGACAACGUAUGUUCGUCGAACUCCUCGAACAGCGGCAUUAGCAACUGCGAGGAAGCGAAACCCAUGGAACAUUGGAGACCUCAGCCGCCGUUGAUGAUACUGUUCAAAACUCCGCUCACCAGUGAGGCCGCAUUGAAGCAGGAAGCUAAGGAGAAGCAGUGGGAGCUUCACUUCGCGGAGUACGGGAGAGGUCUUACGAUGUACAGAACAACGGAGACGGCGAAACUCGUUAUUCAAGGAAUCCCGCAGUCCCUCAGAGGAGAAGCCUGGCUCACCUUUUCUGGUGCGUUAAACGAAAAGGCAAUGAACCCAGAUUUGUACAAGUCUUUGGUCGAACAGUCCCUCGGUAAAUCAUGCCAAGCGAACGAAGAGAUCGAGAGGGACCUGCACAGGUCGUUGCCGGAACAUCCGGCUUUUCAAUCUGACACCGGUAUCAACGCGCUGAGAAGGGUGUUAUCUGCUUAUGCGUGGCGGAAUCCUCAGAUCGGUUAUUGUCAGGCGAUGAACAUCGUAGCUUCGGUUCUGCUGAUCUACUGCUCCGAGGAAUCGGCUUUCUGGCAGUUAUGCAACGUUUGCGAGUCAUUACUGCCCGAUUACUAUGAUCGGAGAGUAGUUGGUGCUCUCGUUGAUCAAGGCCUUUUAGAGGAGCUGGCCGCUGAGCAUCUGCCGACUUUGCACGCUAAAUUGCAGGAGCUAGGCUUAAUUAAAGUCAUCUCGCUAUCCUGGUUCCUAACUAUAUUCUUAAGUGUCAUGCCGACCAGUAGCGCUGUGAACAUUAUGGACUGCUUCUUCUACGAUGGGGCGAAAGUUAUCUUUCAGAUAGCAUUGACAGUGUUGGAAUGGAAUCAGGACAAGUUACUUAAUUGUCGCGACGACGGGGAGGCUAUGCAAUUGUUGACCGACUAUCUCGGCGGUGUCUACAACGACGAAGGGCCAAUAUUUCCCCGACCAGUCGACAGCACGUCACCUAACAAGAGUAUAUCUGUCCAGACGUUAAUUUACGAAGCGUACUCGAGAUACGGUUCGUUGACGAUCGGUUGGAUAGAGAGAUUGCGGCUGAAGCACAGGCUCAGGGUGGUUCAGAGUCUGGAAGAUGGAAUUGAGAAGAAUGUAAUUCGGAGCGUUAUUGUUGAUAAAUAUAUGACGAUCGAGGAAUUGCAGGAGCUGUUGAGUUUGGUUAGAGAGGAACUAAUGAGUCAACGAAAAUCCGAGCCCGACCGUUACGAUCCAACCCAACCGCCGUACGAGGCGUACAAGGUGGACUUCGACUUAUUCCGAAUACUCUUCGGCGGCCUGUCUCCGUGGGGAAAGUGCACACAGGCCGAGUCUCUUUCCGCGCGACUGUUCCGUCUGAUGGAUCGUAAUCGUGACGGCUUGCUGAACUUCCGAGAAUUAGUGCAGGCUAUAGGAAUGACAGCGACGGCCGAUCUGACGCAGAGAUUGAAGCUUCUAUAUACCUUGCAUUUACCGCCACUUCUCACCCCUGCUGACUUCGAGUCGCCGACGCAUUCUGGUAAAUGUUCAUCGAGAUAUGUACACGAAGGCUACGUCGGUAUUUCGGAAGAAAAAGCAGAUGGUGCCGAAGUAGCAGCGGAAGCCACAGACUUCUUCGACAGCAUGGAGCAGAGCGUCGCUUCCUUGGAGAUGCCAAUUAGCAUGGCGGAGGAACCAACAGUGAGCACUUUAUCGCGAUCCACGAGUCUGAAUAGCCAGCAAGGGGAUCAGUCGUGGGAAAUUCAAAGUAUGGGUAGCUUACGCUCGAUGAUCGCAUCCAAGGAUAGUCCGCUGGAUCUUAAAACCGUGCCAAAAAUGUCCCAGGGACAUUUCAUAGCGUUGUGGAAAACUCUUUACGACAUGUUUCCCGCGCAACCCGAAGAGCAAGAAACGUACCAUUGCAUCGCUUCCAUAGGUACCCUUCUGCUCCAACUGGGAGAUGUCGGGAAGAAGUUCUACGUAGAGAGAGACGAGUCCGAGGAUAGUUUACUUCUGGCAGCUUCCGCCGCUCAACAAGCCUCCACCUCCGUUAUCGAGAGGUCACCGGAUCGCAAUGGAAAUCCGUCGAGCAUAGCGUCGUCCGCCGAUCCCGAUUGGUCGAUAACUGUCGAGCAGUUCCUGGCGUCCGCUUUAACCGGGCAAGCGAUAGUGGACUUUUUCAGUAAACGAGCCAACCUGAUGGAGUCCAUGGCUGCAUUGAAGAAUCGUAGGUUUAAUCGGGUACAUUCGUUGUCGGACACUCCAGCUCUGAACGGAUGACAUACGGUAAUUAACAUAUAAAGAGAAUUGCUGCGUAACAACCGCUUCUUAAAGUUCGAGAAAGGCUUCGAUAAAUUGACGGAAACGAAAUCGAGUGAAAACUCGAAAGACCCGAGGUUCUCGAUUCGAAUUUGACGAGCAUGAAUUCGGAGGGGAUGCAUUUCUGCAUGAAUGGCGAUAUGUGCAAUAGAACGAUUAUUGUAAGCGUUAUCGGAGAACUCGUAGUAAGUUGACUUAUUACAAUACCGAGGAGCCGUGUAAUAUUUGCGUAAAAAUUAUUUUCCCGUCGCGCGGUUACGUUUGGUGAUUAUGUUCUUUGCCCGAUGAAUCAAACGCUGUAAUUUGUUUUUAACGUGGUUCAUCAUCUUUUACGGAAUAAACAGAUUCACUCGAUAUCAUACUACGAUGUAUUAUACAGCAAAGAACAUAAUUGCGAGCACCUUUAAGAUAAGAUUUAUCGACAACUCUAGUUAUACGUUAUUAAUUUACGAAGAUUCCCCGAUGACAGAGACAUAUGUUUCAUAUGUUGGCCUACCUGCGUUAAUCGUAUGUCUGGUGAAUAUACCGAAACCGCUGGAACACACGAACGGUGCGUCAAUAGUGAAUACUCAGGGUAAAGGAUUGCAAACCAGUUCCAUUACAUUAAGAUUAUCUACGUUUAUUAUGUAAGCAAUGCGAGGAAAUUUCCAAGUAACUAAUAUUGACGUGACGCAUCAAUUCUAAGAAAGGAAACAGCAUCUGUAUGUCGAAAGGAAAAGAACCGGGGUAUGUAUAUUUUAUCAGUGUGCAGAAAUCUGUAAUUAGAAAUCUAGAAUAGAAUUACGGAAACUAUCGAAUUUCGAAACAUUUCGAAGUCUAAAAAUUCGACUCAAUCGUCAAUUUCGUUCUUUAAACACUAAAAUAUUGUUUAACCAAUGCAGUUGGUACUUGUGAUUUGUUAUUUUAAAACGUUUGCAAAUUCUGAGAGACUUUUGUAAUUUAAAAUCGAACAAAUGCACAUUGAUUUUUUUCCUUUCGGGAUAUAAACAUAUAUGCGUAGUGAAAUUUGCCAGACAUGCUAUAACGAGAUUUACCAGAGAUGAGGAAUACAACGUAUACGUUAAUAAUUAUUGAAUGUAGAAUCAUUUACUUUAACGUUAUGCCAUUUUUUUUUUUAAAUUUCGCUUCAUGUAAUACAAACGUACAAACAGCGGAACAUAGAGGGUUAUACAUUGUUGCAGGCGUCAUGCACUUUCUUUCAACUACAAGUGUGCUGUAGAAGAAAGAGCACGACUUAUGAGACAUUCGAUAUAUUCCUCAAGUAUUAUUUGCAUAGCCAUCAUGAGAGAUCAAUCAUUAUAAGAAAUCGAUGAUUAACAUUACAUCAUGAUUAAGAAACUUAAGAUCGAAAAACUUCACUAUCAAGCACGCAUCUUUUUUGUACAGAUAUGUACAAUGAAUUAUUAUAAACAUUGCGCGUUUUUGCUUAAACAGAGUAUUUUUCCUUGUACAAUUCGUACGAUCGCAAUGUCACGCCAGAAUGUAUACCAAUCUCUUUGAGUACAUGUCACAAGAGAAACAAAAUCUUUUAAAAAUUAUUUCAUCUGUAAACAUAUAUACAUGUAUAAAUGUUACACAAGCUGAUUCGCGUGCUCAAACAAGAGCCAUCAUAACGCAAUUUUGAUAUGCAGUAUUAUUUGACAACUCUAAUCGUUAACUUUCACUAAUACAAAUUUCUGUGAUCAGCUCUGGUUCGGUUUAAAGGAAAAAUUCCCGAAAUAUUCGGAUUCUCCACGCAGUUGCGUCCAGAGAAAAAUAUAAAGAAGGAAUGUGUGUAUAGAAGGAAAUUUGUCGUGUAAGAAAAAAAGAAAGAAGAUUGAGUAGCAAUUUCUCUAAAUCUGAAAUUCUCGAUACGGCCAAGACGCUCUUUCGGUCCAUUCAGCUUCCAAGUUAUGCGCAUGCAAGAUAAUAAUAUAUAUAAUAAAAUCCAGUUGAUAUGAAACGCUUUAGACGGUAACGUCAUUAUCGCACUUGCAUCGUACACGACGUUGCCUAAAAAAGUAUAUCGAAGUAUAUUCGCGUUUCUUAAGACAUUUUUCUAAUCGUAAUCAACAAAAGGAAGGAGAAAGAAAGGAAUACAGAGUAAUGAUAGUUAACUUUGUCCUAUUCUAGAUAAGAACAGAUUUUAAUGAGAGGAUUCGAUCGAUUGCAGUUUAUUAAAAACAGCCAAUUUCAACUGUACAUGGCACAACCUAAUUAUACACAUAUACAUACACACACUUUAGUGAUAAUUUUUAUUUUUAUAUAACCAGGUACUAAAAAAAAAAAAAGAAAAAAAACACGAACAUAAUUUUAUG